ACUGAUUGCGCGCGUUGGGGGUGGCUGGCCGGCCGGCUGGCUUCGGGGCCGCUCGGAGCUCCGCAGCGCGAUUGGCUGCCGUGGCGCGGCGAAGGGCCGGGCAGCGGCCAUGGGGCGGCGGUCUGAGUGGUGCUGAGCCGGAGUGGGCGCCGGAGCCUGAGCCGGCGUGAGGCAGUUGGUGCGCUGCUCUCCUCCGCUGCUGCGCGUCGGUUCAGACCCUGGCGCCGCCGCCUCUGCAGCGCGGGCGGCGCGCGGGGGGCAGUCGGCCGCGGCGAUGAUGAAGGGGACGGUGGGCAGCUCGGUGGCGGCCGUCAUGCAGGAGAGCUUCGGUUGCGCCGUCGCCAACCGCUUCUACCAGCUCCUGGACGACGAGUCGGACCCCUUCGACAUCCUCCGCGAGGCCGAGCGCCGCCAGAAGCAGCGCAAGAGGCACGACGGGGCGGCGGCCGCCGGGAGAGCCGGUCCCAGCGGCAGGGCGGGCGGCGGCAAGAGGGAGUCCCAGAAAGAGUGCAAGCAGCCCGGGAGCUCUCCCGCGCGCGGCGGACCGCCGCAGCCAGGCCAGAAGCAAGCAUUUAAGCGGAGAGAACAGCAAGGAUUCAGUAACAGAGGAGCAGAUGUGAAACAAGACAAAACUGAAUGGAGACCAUCUUUCAGGGAAAACCGCUCCUAUGAAACAGAAAAACAAGUGGAAUUGGCAGUGGAAAGACCAAGUGAAAGAUUAGACCGUGAAAGGCCAAUAAGAGGUCGUGGCAGAGGAAGAGGUGGAUUGCGAGGUAGAGGAAGAGGUGGUGGAAUACAGAGAAGUUCUGAUGGCUUUGACCAAAGAGGAAAAUGGGAAUCUGAAAGACAGAGUGCGAGUGAUAAAAUUUUUAGUGGGAUGGAGCAGACUACUCCUAUGGAAGAGACUGCAGAAACAGCUGAGCAGACAGGGACAUCUGAAGGAGAGCCUCUGAACAAAGUUGCUGAAGGAGAGCCAAUGGAAGAAGUAGUUCAAGAAAUGACGUUAGAUGAGUGGAAAACUCUUCAGCAACAGAAUCGACCAAAGCCUGAAUUCAACAUCCGGAAGCCAGAAUCCACUGUUCCUUCCAAAGCAGUGGUGAUUCACAAGUCAAAAUAUAGUGAUGAUCUGCAAAAAGAGAACUUCGAAAGAUAUGAGAAUCAUCUUCAAAGACCAGUGAAUGACAUCACAUCUCAGCUGAAUAUUAAUUUUGGGAGUCUUCCUCGCCCUGGCCGUGGAUUAAGAGGAGCACGAGGUGGUCGUGGUCGUGGCAGAAUAGUUGAGGAGAUGGGACCUCGACCAGAAGUAGUGGUGCACCUUGUUGCUCCAAAUCCUGAUGAUCCCGAGGAUUUUCCAGCUUUAGCCUGAAGAACCGUGAUGAAGGGUGGUAUUUCAGAGCAGCUUUAGUGUAGCUGUGAAGAGACCAGUUUUAUGCUGGUGUGGAUAAAGAAAGUCUGUUGCUACUGGAAAAGCUGUUUGGGUGUUUGGUGUGGAAUGGUUGUGGCCCUGUGCUAGUGGAGUUGGGUUCUGGGGAUACUGGUGGGCUGGGAUCUUGCCAAAGGUUCCUGUGUCUGCCUCCAUUCGUGAAAACUGUGUGAAGGCCUACAGUACUUCACUACAAGUUUUCAAAUGAAGUUCAAGAGUACAGUGUUUAGAAUGUGUAUAUAGAGAUUAUAUUAAGUUCUCCAUGACACCGUGGUGAAAUGUACACUGUACAAUGUAGUUUGCAAUUGGGACUCAUAUUUCACUAUAAAUUUGAAAGCUGCUUUCCCUGUUUCCUUGAGUGGAGUGUAAAUUUCACACAGUCACAAGUUGCAGUUCUUUGGAGUUCGGCAAAUAAAGGAAAGUGCUCAUGA